AUAAUAUUAAAUAUACAAUUUCAAUUUGAAAUAUAUUUAACAUUAUAGCAUGAAAUCUCAUAUCAGUAUGAUAUGCAUAUACAUUUUGUAUUAAUUCAUUUGUGUAAUAAUAAUCAAAUGUCUCUUUAAGACCAGCUCUACUACAGCUCAGAAACUCUUUGCUCCCUCUUUCCAUAGUCAUUUGUGAUGUAUUCAGGAAGUCGUUCACACAUGGUCAGUCAAAUAUGCCACAAUUCAAACAGCGUCCCAACUGCACACAGUCCAUGCUGCUCGGCACACUCUCACACACAAAGAAAACAAACCCGUUUGUCUGCCUCUCAGCUACCCGGAAACUGAUCAGAGAGAGAGAGAGAGAGAGGGAGAAAGAGAGGUGCAUGGCUGCAGUUGAGUUCCUGUCCUUAACCAGCAUGAGCGUAAGUGCCUCUUCAAAAUUUAGGACACGGAGAUACAAUCAGACGGACUGAGAGAAACCAAAUGGAUGAGAGAGAAAAAGGCUGAGCGAGAGCACCAAAUGUCUGUAUGGGUGGAGUGAUGGUAGGACCUGGAGGCUAGUAGAUCUGAGAGCAAAGCGUUAGUAUUUGGAGUAUUUUUGGUGUCAUGGUUUUGGGUUUCUCUUUGCUUGUGAGCAGUCUUUACAAUGAAGACAUGGCAAAAGGACACAUGACUAGAUCUUUGCACAUAUUAUCUACGGAGCAGUAGCAUUUUUUAAUUUUUUUUUUUUUUUUUUUUUUUUAGUGAAACCAAACCUGCAUAGUUCAGGUGUUGCACCUGUGUUGUUUGGGUAGGUAAGCUUUUCUUGUUCUGCUAGUGAGGAAUGUAUUUGUGAAAUGCAUGUGGCAAUGACGACAAACAUCGCUCAUCACUUCUUCGCACACAAGGAUUGUUAACUGGAUUAUUGAACAGAGUUUUGGAGUGCCCCCCACCAGCGCGGACCGUAAGCUUCUUGACAAAGUUCUCAGGAGACUCGACAAACUUCAUAGACUGAGCACUGACCCCAGACUUGGUCUUAAAAGCAGCCCGCCGUACCUUCCCGAACUAGUGUCGGAGACCACCAUCCACCUGACAGAAGUAUGGGCUCCCUACAGGGGGUCCGUGAUGGCCGUGCCACGAAGUGACGAGGGUGAUUAUCUGAGGAUCCAUAUUCGACACUUGCUGGACAAGGCAGAUCGAGCUGUGCUGCUGUUCAAGGAGGGCAAGGAGAGGAUGUUUGAAGAGACAUCAAGCUACAGGAGAAAUCUUACUAAGUUGUCACUCCUCUUCAGCCACAUGUUGAAUGAACUACAAGCUUUGUUUCCUGGGGGACGAUUUCAGGGCGAUACUUACAGAAUUACAAAGACAGAGGCCAAAGACUUUUGGAGGAAAGCCUUUGGACACAACUGUAUAGUGCAGUGGAACAUUUUUAAACAGCAGCUGAAGAGGGUUCAUAGCUUUGAAGAGGGAAUGGAGGCCAUGGCUUUGAAGUCCACGGUUGAUCUCACUUGUAAUGAUCACAUAUCCAUCUUUGAGUUCGAUAUAUUCACCAGGCUUUUUCAGCCCUGGUCAACUUUGUUAAGAAACUGGAAUCAUUUAGCAGUAACUCACCCAGGAUACAUGGCGUUUCUCACCUAUGACCAGGUCCGGGUCCGACUAGAGCACUACAGACAUCGUCCUGGCAGCUACAUCUUUCGUCUCAGUUGCACACAAAUGGGUCAGUGGGCGAUUGGUCAUGUGACCAGUGAUGGCAGCAUCGUGCAAACCAUUCCUAAAAAUACACCUCUCUUCCAAGCACUCAUACAAGGUUUCAGUGAGGGCUGCUACUUAUACCCUGAUGGGCGUGAUGUGAACCCUGACCUCACCAGCCUGUGCAGUCCAACUCACAAGGGUCGAAUCAAAGUCACUGAGGAGCAGUAUGAAUUGUACUGUGAGAUUGGCAGCACAUUUCAGCUCUGCAAAAUCUGCACAGAACGAGACAAGGACACUCGCAUUCAGCCCUGCGGCCAUCUUCUGUGUCAGCGCUGCUUGACUGGCUGGCAGAAGUCAGAUGGGCACACAUGCCCCUACUGCCGCUGUGACAUCAGAGGCACAGAGUCCAUCCUCAUUGAGCCUUACCUGCCAACCAGAGACAGGAGGGCAGGGGGGAAGGAGGAAGAGGAGGAAGACGAAGAUGAGGAGGAGGAUCACGUGGAUAUAGAGCUGGUGAUGAAAAAACUGGCUUGUAUGAAAAAGAUUUCUCAGGAGGAGUAUCAAGUUCCCCAUUCCAGUCUGUCACUUCCUCCCCUUCCUCCCAAAAGACAUUCACUCUCCCCUUGUCCAUCUCCAAAACCACCCUCCAGAUCCUUGAGCACAGGCACACAGAAAGUCAAACCCAGUUCCUGGUCAGAAAACAUGCUAAGACAAACUUCCUCAGAUAGAAGUGAGGAACUUUUGGAAGACUUCCGUCCCUCCUCUCUGCCAAAUGUCAGACUCAGUGGGGUGUCUUGUGAAGGGCCUCCAGAAAGUGUAAAAAUGAAGAGGAAAGCGAAAAGAAGGAACAAGGAAGAAGAAGAUCAUGACAGAGCUUUGGCGGAUUCAGCAUUUCCCUUAGGAAGUUAUAAUCAUGGGGAUAUGGAAGGAAACACUUCAUCCUGACAGCAAAAUUCACUUCUGAAUCAAACUGUAAAGUAUAUUGGCCAGACAAAGCAAUUGUGUGAUAUCAGAAACAUAUGUGAUAUGCAUUUUACUGCUCACACUUUUUUUUAACACAUUUUAAAUUCUACCUCAUGCCUCCUAAAUUUUUAGAGAACAAGAUCUGUGUUUUGACAGACCACAGUGAAUACAAAUAAAUAAAUAAAACAAACAGCAGACUGGUUUGCUUAACACUAAAUAAGAUGGAAGCAUGCAAGUAAUUUCAGUCCACUCAGACCAAACCAAAGAAAAAAAAUUAACUAAAAAUGGCACAUUACAUAACAGUAACAGUUUGCAGAUUUACAGUUUUGCAUUUAGUAAAAGAAUUCAAACAAACAUCCAUUGAUAUUUAAUAUUUGUACUACCUAGAAAAUCUCUGAAAACCGUUGUUUUUGAGCCUUCUUGUUAAUGAUCUCUGACUUGUCUCUGCUGCUCUCUGCUGGAUUGAGCCAGAAUUCAAUUUGUGUCAAAAUACUGGAGUACUUCUGUUUGUUUAGGGUUGGUUGGGAUUCACCUAAAUGCAUUCUUCUUGUUUCCUUCAUUCUUUUAUAAUGGGUUUCACAUGAUUUGUUAAAGUGUGCCAAGAUUAAGUUAAACCUGACUUUCAAGCCAUGUCAUCUGUUUGCUGUCCCCAUUUUGCCAAUACAUUAUUUUGGAAGAUAGCUAGUUAUAGUAGGCUAUUUUACACACAUUAACACACUUGCUGUAAGAAAUUAAGCCAACGGAAACGAGAAAGACAGGAAAAAUAAAAGCCACCAGUACUGGUACCUGUAUUGUUGUUAUUUACCAUGUUGUUAUGUUUAUAUGAUUCAUAAAGAGGAUGCAUAUUUCAAUAGGGGUUAAUCCUGUGCAUUUAAAACCCAACAGUGUUAAUAUCACUUAAAAUAAAAUAAAUAAAUAAAUCUAAAAAGGGCCCAUAUUUAGAAUCUCUAUCUUGCCACUGCCACUGUAAGCCAUUUGCUUUCACAACGUCAUUUCCUUCUCCUACGGACUUCAAGUGAAAUCGUGUUUACAUUUGCUAUUUGGCCUGAAAAACGGGGUCGUGUUCGUAAGAUUGACAGUUUUUAAAAUCAGACUGUGAAGAAAGCCUAAUUAUGACAAUGUUAGUUUUGUAAAUGCGUUUUGAGCAUUAUCGCAUAGGUUACUUUCGAUUACGUUACUUUGAAACUGAAACCAAAAUAAGAUCAGCGCAAU